UGGAAACAUCCACACAAUAUCAUACCUUCCAGAUCCAAUAUAACCACGCAAUACAUGUCUAACAAAAUGUCCAUCCUCGUGGCCCACCCAAACACCAUCACCUCCAACACCACCCUCAACGGCCUCCACAGACUCCAAAGCAGCCACCCCCGCCGCCGCUCCUCCUGCGGCUCCAUGAGCCCCUGGCUCGUCGCCAAACUGCGCGACGAGCUCGACCGCUUACCGUCCACCGACAACAAGUCCCACACCGUCGAAACAGGCCUGUUAGCCCUGCUCGGCCGACUCCCCGGACCGGGUGAUCACGCCUGGACAGAUGCAGUCGAGUACUGUCGCGCGCUGAUUGAGUCUCCGCGCGAGACAGCACGACAUGCAUGCUCGGCGGCGUCGUGCUCGUGCACCCUCCGUGCAUUGACGGCCGGCUUCGCGCCCGACAUGCCUGAUGUUGCUGUGCUGGGGACGGAGAAGAUCGCUGCUGGUUUGCGCGGUCGCCCGCUGGAUGAUAUCCCCGGCGGACAUGACCCUGGCUUGGACGGGCUUGCGGGCGCGUAUAGUCUUGUGCUGUCGCGACGCAUGCCAGCUAGACAGGCCGUGCAGGCGACUUACUUAGGCUUACCCAGUACGAUCGAUGAGUACGCGGGGUGCGCGAGCGGGGAGGAAGAGGCGCGGAUAAGGCUGAUUGCGCUGGCGCUGGGCGCAGCGUUUAACCUUGGUGGAGAGGCUGUGUGCGUGCUGCUUGACGGCGCAUUCUUCGAUGAGCCUGGCACGGGCGACGAGAUGUCGGUGGAGGCUGCGCUGCGGUGGCGGGCUGUUAGUGGGGCGGCGUCGAUGCUGGACGCGAGUGUUUAUGGCCGGGCGUCGUGGGAUGAGGGUCUCACGGCGCCGGUUGUGUCGAUGGCUGUGCGCGAUUUGCUCGACUGGCGACGUGAUGUUGCUGUCGGGAGAGCUGAGAAUGCCGUUUCUGCUGUUUGUGGGAUGGGGUUUGCGGACCCGUUCCAUGUUACGCUGGAGGCUAUGCUGCGUGCAGCACUGCGGUACCCGCUGGCCGGGGCGUGCUCGAUUGCCGGCAUGGCUGUUUUAAGUCUGAGCCUGACGGGAUCGGGAUACAGACGGGGUGGGAGGGGCGAGCGAUGCGCGGAGUGUGAGCGCUUGUUGAGAGAGGUUACCACCGGUGCGCGACGGGCUUGGGCACCGGAGGAGCCGCCUACCAGCUAUGAGGGGGGCGAAGCUGCUCGUGCGCUGGCCAAGCGUGUCGUGGAUGGAUCGUUGUCUUAUUCCCCGAUGAUGCAGAUGGGACUGGGGUGGAUGCAGUAUCUUGUUGCGACGGGCAGGAUCCGGUCGUUUGAUGCGAGGCUUAGUAUGAGGAUAUAA